AUGAUGAGUUUGAAAGACGAUUCUGAUUUGGUUGAUUCGGUUAUUUGCAAGGAUGUUGAGAUAUUCUAUCUUUUAGCAAAGGCUUUCAACGAUGAAUAUUCUAUUAAAGCAGUUCAUUUCGUUCUUACCUACCUUAUUGGUACUUUGCAGAAUGCUUCUGAAAGCGAACAAAAUCAAGCUCAGGAUUUGGUUCCCACUCUUUUUUCUCGAUUGAAAAAAAAUUUUGAUCAUGGAAGUGAACGAUUAAUUCUAUGUAUGGAUUAUGUCGAUCUUUUUCAGUACUCGAAUCAUGAUUCAAUUUAUCUAUUAGAAGAAUUUAUGUCUACGAUCUUAUUUUCAUUAUCAAUUAAAGAAAAAAUGAUAAAUGAAAUUCUUGAAAAAUGCUGGAAAAUUCGCUUAAAACUUGGCGAAAAAUUAAAAUUUAAUUUACUGUUAUUAGCAGAAGCCUUAAUUUAUAAUAAAAUUCAUAUACCUUUAGUUUAUUCAUCAGAAUAUUUACUUGAAUUAUGCGUUUCUGCAUUUAUAAGAGAUGUACAGGUGGAAAUGUUAGGAAGGCACAGCAUCGAAAUCAUACAACUUUGUUUCAUCUUUUGUUUAACGCCAAUUGAUGAUAAAACUAUUCUGAGGGAUGCUUUAACUAAAUUCGUUAACAAAUUUCAGCCAUUUUUCGAUAAAAUACUGCGCAUUAUUGAGAUAUUACCACAGGAUUCACUAAGAAAAAUCUUAAUGGAUCUUUUUCGACUCACAGUUAAUAAAUUUGAAGAAAUUGCUCAAUUAAACAAUGAAGCAAGUGUUCUUGCAUGGUUGCUUGAUGAAUAUCGCUAUUUUUUGAGGUAUAAUAAUUAUUUUCAAGACGAACUUGGUUAUAUAUGGGCCGACUUAAGUGCAUUUCGAUACAAAGAGUUGGAAGAAACAUCAAGUUAUUUCAUCUCAAUUUUACUAUUGAUGCAGUAUCAGGCUCUUCAUCGAAUUAACAAAAAAUUGAUGCUGAAUGUGAAAGAAAAGAUUUUAAAUCAUUUUCAUGAUCACCUUUGCGAUUUUACAUCAUUAAUUAACAUGAGCAAAGUUUUAAAUUCGGAAAAUCAUUUAUCGCUUUUGCAGUUUACUUAUCAGCAAACUGAAAUUGCCGUUAAUGAAUUUUUAAAUGAUUUGCCACAUAAUUUUCCCUCGUAA